UCAUACAGGACUAAUAUGCAUUAUAUCCACACAGAGAGAAUUUUUUGCACUUAACCCCUUCAAUAUAUUUUUUUGAGAUUCAAAGUACAGUACAGUUGAUGGCCAGACAUUUUGAUUUCAUCCUUAUCUCUAAAUUAUCAUUUUAUGUCCUCACUUUCACACCGACCGUAUCCCCACCUCACUAUCUGAACGGCGGCAGGGAAGCGGCGGCGGCAUAGAGCUUUGAAGAAACCACCGGCGAUAAUGAUGAACUUGGAAGACGCCGUUUGGGCUAAUUUUCCGGCGAUAAUGAACUUACUGGCUGUGGACAAAGAUCUGACGGGCUACUGCCCGGUGAGCCGCCCUCUUGAGCCGUCGGAGGACUCAGCGAAGUCAACGAUUUUGCGGAGAGAAAUUAAGCAAUCAUCGGCAUGGUUGUUGAUUUUUCUGAUCGAUUGAACUACUUGCUUUGAGAUUGGAGGAGGUAGUUUGGAGGGAUGAGUGGUCAGAUUCCGGCGGCUGAUCGGGUCAGAGGUGGAUGAGACGGUGGAGGGUGAGGUUGGGGACGAAGUCGGUGGUGUCGAGGAUCUGCAUGGUGGCGGGACAGGUGUUGUGACUGGAGUUUGGUUGAUGGGUAGGGUUCGUAGGUGACGCCGGUGAGGAUGAAGAAGUUUGGUUAAUGGGUUGGUUUCUUUGGAUCUGUAGUUUGGUUGAUAGGUUGGUUGAUGGGUUGGGUUCUUUGAAUCUGUUGAUGGAUAGGUGUUGUGGCCGGAGUUUGGUUGAUGAGAGCUUGCCGCGGGAAUUUGGUUGAUGGUUUAGGUCUGUAGGUGACGCCGGUAAGGAUGAAGAAGUUUGGUUGAUGGGUUGGGUCUGUAGGUGACGCCGCCGGAGUUGAAUUGGUUGAACGGUUCGUAGGUAACGCUGGUUAGGAUGAGAGCUAGGGAGUCUGGGUUUGUUGUUGAUGUGGGUCUUCUUGGGUUUGUGGUUGUUGUCUCUGGUUUGCUAGGCUAGAGGUGAAAGAAAAUGGUGCCCACCAUGAUGUUGAUGGUGGUGACACAGUGUGAUUGGUGUCACCGGGAUGGGUCUGUGCAGAGAGACAUUGGAGAGGAGAGAGAAGAUGGCUGAUGAAGUACUCCGUAUUUGGCUAAGAGAAGGUGAGCUUACAAAGCGUAAUUCUAGAGAGAGAAAGUAAUUUUUGAUUCUGCUAAGUGAGGGAAAAUGGGGAGAGAUAGAAAGAAGGAGGUGGAGGAGGAAACUGUGACUAAAAAGAUAACGAUUGGUGUAUGUGUAAUGGAAAAGAAGGUGAAAUGCGGCUCCGAGGCGUUUUCAGCUCCGAUGGGAGAGAUUUUGGAGAGAUUACAGUCAUUUGGUGAAUUUGAGAUUGUGCAUUUUGGCGACAAGGUUAUUGUUGGGGAACCAAUAGAGAGCUGGCCAAUAUGCGAUUGCUUAAUUGCAUUCCACUCUUCAGGCUAUCCUCUUGAAAAGGCUGAAGCUUAUGCUGCAUUAAGAAAGCCUUUCCUUGUGAAUGAAUUGGAACAACAACACCUUCUUCAUGAUCGAAGGAAGGUAUAUGAGCGUCUUGAAAUGUACAGUAUUCCUGUUCCGAGAUAUGCCCUUGUAAAUAGGGAAGUGCCAUAUGAAGAGCUGGAUUAUUUUCUCGAGGAAGAAGAUUUUGUUGAGGUUCAUGGAAAUCGUUUUUGGAAGCCUUUUGUGGAGAAGCCUGUUCAUGGGGAUGACCACAGUAUUAUGAUAUACUACCCAAGUUCAGCUGGUGGGGGCAUGAAAGAAUUAUUUCGGAAGGUUGGUAACAGGUCAAGUGAGUUUCAUCCCGAGGUGAGAAGAGUGAGACGUGAAGGCUCUUACAUAUACGAGGAAUUUAUGCCAACUGGAGGAACAGACGUCAAGGUGUAUACAGUUGGCCCUGAGUAUGCUCAUGCUGAGGCAAGAAAGUCUCCUGUUGUUGAUGGUGUUGUUAUGAGAAAUCCAGAUGGGAAAGAAGUUAGAUAUCCUGUGCUACUUACUCCUACUGAGAAGCAAAUGGCAAGGGAGGUCUGUGUUGCGUUUAGGCAAGCAGUUUGUGGGUUUGAUCUCCUGCGUUGUGAGGGGCGUUCAUAUGUCUGCGAUGUGAAUGGAUGGAGUUUUGUGAAGAACUCAUACAAGUACUAUGAUGAUGCUGCUUGUGUGCUAAGGAAGAUGUUUCUUGAUGCAAAAGCCCCCCAUCUUUCUUCAACAAUUCCACCGAUUUUACCAUGGAAGGUCAAUGAACCAGCUCCGCCUACUGAGGGACUAACACGUCAGGGCAGCGGGAUCAUUGGCACAUUUGGGCAGGCGGAGGAACUAAGAUGUGUAAUUGCUGUUAUUCGUCAUGGUGAUAGAACUCCGAAACAGAAGGUGAAGUUGAAGGUUACUGAAGAAAAGCUGCUGAAUUUGAUGUUAAAAUACAAUGGGGGCAGGCCUAGAUCUGAGACAAAACUUAAAAGUGCAGUUCAGUUGCAAGAUCUGUUAGAUGCCACCCGGAUUUUAGUACCACGUUCUAGACCUGGUCGGGAAAGUGAUAGUGAAGCAGAAGACAUUGAGCAUGCUGAAAAACUUCGUCAAGUUAAAGCUGUUCUUGAGGAGGGGGGGCACUUUUCUGGGAUUUACAGGAAGGUUCAGCUAAAGCCAUUAAAGUGGGUAAAAGUAGCCAAAAGUAACGGUGAAGGUGAAGAAGAACGGCCUGUUGAAGCACUGAUGGUUCUUAAAUAUGGGGGUGUUCUUACACAUGCUGGCAGGAAACAGGCUGAAGAACUGGGUAGAUAUUUCAGAAACAAUAUGUAUCCAGGUGAAGGGACUGGCCUGCUUCGCCUUCACAGUACAUAUCGUCAUGAUCUUAAAAUUUACAGUUCAGAUGAGGGUCGUGUACAGAUGUCCGCAGCUGCAUUUGCCAAAGGCCUCCUGGACUUGGAAGGGCAAUUAACACCUAUUCUGGUUUCGCUGGUUAGCAAGGACUCUUCUAUGUUGGAUGGACUUGACAAUGCCAGUACGGAAAUGGAAGAAGCUAAGGCUAAGUUGAGUGAGAUUAUUACUUCUGGAAGAAAGACAGUUCAUAGCAAUGGAUCGUCUGAUAAACCUUGGAUGGUUGAUGGAGCUGGACUUCCUUCUAAUGCUUCUGGACUUCUCCCCAACUUGGUGAAAUUGACUAAGAAGGUUACUGAACAAGUGAGACUACUGGCUAUGGAUGAAGACAAAAAGCUUGCAGAGACAGGCUCAUAUGAUGUAAUGCCUCCAUAUGACCAAGCAAGGGCCCUUGGUAAGACGAACAUUGAUGUUGAUCGUAUUGCUGCUGGACUGCCAUGUGGCAGUGAGGGAUUCCUUCUAAUGUAUGCUCGUUGGAGAAAACUUGAGAGAGAUUUGUAUAAUGAACGCAAAGACCGGUUUGACAUAACCCAGAUUCCAGAUGUUUAUGAUUCGUGCAAAUAUGAUCUGUUGCACAACGCACAUCUUAAUCUAGCAGGUUUGGAUGAACUCUUCAAAGUUGCUCAGUUGCUAGCAGAUGGAGUUAUUCCUAAUGAAUAUGGGAUUAAUCCAAAGCAGAAGCUGAAGAUUGGCUCAAAGAUUGCUCGUCGUUUGUUGGGCAAAAUUUUGAUUGAUCUGAGGAAUACUCGUGAAGAAGCAAUCAGUGUUGCUGAAUUGAAGGGUAACCAAGACCAACAUUCAAAUCCCACUAAGAAUGGGAAAGAAGAUGCGGAUUCUCAUUCAAAGCCUCUCGUUAAGAAUGAAGAGACAAGAAGAACUAGUUUCGCAAGUGAAAAAUCAAUGGAUCAAGAUGAUGAUGAGGAUAAAGAGAUAAAAUAUCGCUUGGACCCAAAGUAUGCAAAUGUGAAGACACCAGACAGACAUGUGCGGACACGCCUUUAUUUUACAUCAGAAUCACAUAUUCAUUCCCUAAUGAAUGUUCUCCGCUAUUGUAACUUGGAUGAAUCUCUUCAAGGAGAGGGUAGCCUUGUUUGCGAUAAUGGUUUGGAGCGUUUGUCUAAAACCAAGGAGCUUGACUACAUGAGUUAUAUUGUGUUGAGGAUGUUUGAGAACACAGAGGUGGCUUUGGAAGACCCAAAAAGGUUCCGUGUUGAGUUGACUUUUAGCCGUGGUGCGGAUUUAUCUCCCUUGGAGAAAAACGAUAGUGAGGCUGCUUCACUGCACCAAGAGCACACACUGCCAAUAAUGGGUCCCGAAAGGCUGCAAGAAGUAGGUUCAUACCUGACAUUAGAGAAAAUGGAGAAAAUGUUCCGCCCUUUUGCCAUGCCAGCAGAGGAUUUUCCUCCACCAUCAACCCCCCAGGGAUUCACGGGCUACUUCUCUAAAAGUUCACUAGUGCUCGAACGCUUGGUGAAUCUUUGGCCCUUCCAUAAGCAUGGAGCUGCUAGUGGGAAGUGAGAAAUGUCUAUACUUUUUUUUCUCCCCCCUUCUCUGUGACAUUAUUUUAUUCUUCUGUCUUUCAUUAUAUCAUUGAUAUCAUCAAAAAUGUUGAGGUACCACUGGAGGGAAUUUUGAAGUGAUCAACAAAUAGGGGAAGCCGAAAAAAAUGCUGACAGUAGGCAAAGUAGUUCACAUUGCCUGUGAACAGUUUUCAUAACCAAAAUUUUCCCUAUUGAUGUAAAUUGAAAAUGUUUAGUAAAGGAUGACCUCAGAAGACAGUUUUUAGCUAUGUUGGCCUUUUCUGCAAGAAAUUCGUGAUUUUGCUUUCUCAGUUC